UGAGGCAGGGAAAAAACUUCGGACGGUAGCUUGUUAGCAUUUUGGUUUGUAAACCAAUAGCUGUUAUAAGAAAAAAAUUGUGACCGUUAGUAGUAGUAAUAAUAAUAAUAAUUAUUAGAAGCGUAUACCGGCUAUAACGUUGGAACAGUGGGAGAUGUAGCCGGUUAGUUUAUUCCGUUGACGUUAGCUCGCGCAGGGAGGACCGCUGCCGAAUGUCGCUGGGACGGUAGCGGAGGGAUUAGCUUAUACAAGCGGGCUAGCUUUCUCGCUAGCUAUGCUGAGACACGCUCAGGUUGACUGGUAGCUAGCUCCUCAAUUAGCGCAAACCCUGGCGCUUUACCUCUUAAUCACAGCAUUUGCACGGCGGUUAUCGCGUGUGUGCUCCGUGGAUAUUUACUAGUAUCUAAUUUUUUAUAUAGCGUGCUAGUCCUGUAAGGUGAAGCUAGUAGUGCAUUCACGGCACAGCAGCGCUAGCAACAGCACCAUUGACACGCUUCUGUCCAAGCCAGCAGGAUUGAAAAAAGCUCACUGAGGGCUAUGUCUUCAGCACCCCCGUCCGUAGACAAGGUGGACGGCUUCUCCAGGAAGUCAGUCCGGAAAAAUAAGCAGAAGCGAUCACAGAGCUCAUCUCAGUUCAGAUCUCAGGACAAACCGAUCGAGCUAGUGCAGCUGCCACUACUGAAAGAUGUGUCGGCCCAAGAACAGCCAGAGUUGUUUCUAAAGAAGGUGCAGCAGUGCUGUACUCUGUUUGACUUCAUUGACACACUGUCUGACCUUAAGAUGAAGGAGUACAAGCGCUCUACAUUAAAUGAGCUAGUGGACUAUGUCACACUUAGCCGAGGUUACCUCACUGAACUGACUUAUCCAGAGGUUGUCAAAAUGGUGUCCUGUAACAUCUUUCGGACCCUUCCUCCUAGUGAGAGCAAUGAGUUUGACCCAGAGGAGGAUGAGCCCACGUUGGAAGCCUCAUGGCCCCACUUGCAGCUUGUCUAUGAGUUCUUUAUUCGGUUUUUGGAGAGUCAGGAAUUUCAGCCCAGCAUUGCCAAAAAAUACAUUGACCAGAAAUUUGUGUUACAGCUUCUGGAGCUGUUUGACAGUGAAGACCCUCGUGAGAGGGACUGCCUGAAGACUGUCCUGCACAGAAUUUAUGGCAAGUUCCUUGGUCUUAGGGCCUUCAUUCGCAAACAGAUCAACAACAUUUUUCUAGGGUUUGUUUAUGAAACCGAGCACUUCAAUGGAGUGGCUGAGCUGUUGGAGAUCUUGGGAAGUAUCAUCAAUGGUUUUGCACUUCCUCUGAAAGCUGAACAUAAACAGUUCCUGGUAAAAGUUUUACUGCCUCUACAUUCAGCAAGAAGUCUGUCCCUCUUCCAUGCACAGCUGGCCUACUGUAUUGUGCAAUUCCUAGAGAAAGAUCCCACGCUAACAGAACCUGUGAUAAGAGGAUUGUUGAAGUUCUGGCCAAAAACCUGCAGUCAGAAAGAGGUUAUGUUCCUCGGUGAGCUGGAGGAGAUCUUAGAUGUGAUUGAGCCCACACAGUUUGUCAAGAUCCAGGAGCUACUGUUUAAGCAGAUUUCCAGAUGUGUAUCCAGUCCUCACUUUCAGGUGGCUGAACGAGCCCUGUAUUACUGGAACAAUGAGUACAUCAUGAGCCUGAUAGAGGAGAACUCCAGUGUCAUCCUACCCAUCAUGUUUGCUAGUCUCUACAGGAUCUCCAAAGAGCACUGGAACCCAGCGAUAUCUGCUUUAAUCUAUAAUGUGCUGAAAGCAUUCAUGGAGAUGAACAGCGCACUGUUUGAUGAACUUGCUGCAACUUACAAAUCAGAACGUCAGAGGGAAAAGAAGAAGGAGAAGGAUCGUGAGGACUUGUGGAGGAAGCUGGAAGAGCUGGAGCUGAGGCGAGGAGUUCAGAAUAGUGACGGCAUCAUUCCCACCUAAACAUGGACGUAGCUUCAUCUCCAACCAAUGUUCUGCCACAGGGACGCCACAUCUCCAUGUUCCUUGUGCUACUUACUUUACUGUACACUCCGGCAUUUGUUUAUCUAUCCCCCAACACCAGCACUGUACAAACCCCUUUCCACUUUAUUUCCUUUGACAAUGAUACACCCCCCCAAAAAAGGACAAGGUUAGCUUACCUUGGGGAAGGGAAGGAGUUUAUAUACACUCCUUGCCAAUUAAAAUAAUUAACCACAUUAAGGGAUGUAUCUAGAGCCUGAGAACCGAAGUCCCCCUUCAACACCCCACCCCCAAUGUCCCUUUAGAGUGUGUUCUCAAAGACUCUUCAUAAUGCAACGGGUCUGAGUCCAUUAUUUCAUGAAAUUUUGAAGCCUUCAUAAGGUUUUGUCCCGUGUCUGUCUACCUUUUUUUUUUUUAAUCCUCAGAGAGAGGCCUGAUCUUACAUUAUUACUGUGUCCUGGAAGGUGUGACCACUGUACCAGAUUCUAGAAACUUUACACACAGUAUAAAGAUGAGGCAAAAUCAGUUGUGAAAUGAAAUCUCCUUUAUUCGCCUGCCUUGUUUUUUCAGGCUAUUAAAGCUGUCAAGUGUCUUGUCCUGCACUGGUACCAUCGAUGAAUAGUCUGCUACAGCGCUCAUCGUCAUCUCGCUGAAGUAUUUCAUUGAGAAUUUCAAACCUGUUGAAUUUCAUUCUGGCUGUUCACUGCUUACGAAGAAUUUAAGAAACAACAUGGAAAGUAAUUUUUUUUUCUUUGGACACUAUCGAAGACAUUGCAUUCCUGUCUUGUACCGCAGUGUUCAGAGCUUCAUUCAGUGUACUUGAAAAGCUGAUUUGUUUUAGCAUAUUAACCUGGACUCUUAGCCUUAGGCAACUCAGACAUCUCCUGCUCUUGUCUUUGGACUUAAAUAUGGUUGGAUGCUCUUAAAAUAAUGUGGAUUAAGCUAGAAUAUUUUUAAAGGAGUGAGUGGAAUGAAAGCCUGCAUAUGUGGUGUAUUUCUAAAUGCUGAUCCAGUCUUAUUCCUCAUCAGAAAUGCCAUCCACUAUAGUGGGUUAGGACUAAAGCACUUGGAGUUAGAGUUUUUGUUGUGUUCACAGGACUCACUAUUCUUGUUUUUAUUUUAUUCUGUUUUAUUUCAAAUUAAAAUCAUGGGUGUGGAUUUUACAUGUAAGGAAGAUGUAUUUUUUAUUGAUCUGUCUGUGGGCCUCUGUUCCUUUCAUCAAUCUUGUGUGAUUUCUUUCUUUUUUUGGAUGGCCCCAAUAUGUUUGUUAAAACUUAAAAGAAAGCGUUUGAUGAACAGAAUAAAUCUUAAUUAUUUUAAAAAAAAUACAGAGACGUUAAAUAAACCUGUUUUUGUGAUAAA